AUGGCACUGUCGCGGGGGCUGCCGCGGGAGCUGGCCGAGGCCGUGGCUGGGGGCCGGGUCCUGGUGGUGGGCGCGGGCGGCAUCGGCUGCGAGCUCCUCAAAAACCUCGUGCUCACCGGCUUCUCCCACAUCGACCUGAUUGAUCUGGAUACUAUUGAUGUCAGCAACCUCAACAGGCAGUUUUUGUUUCAAAAGAAACAUGUUGGAAGAUCAAAGGCCCAGGUUGCCAAAGAAAGUGUACUGCAGUUUUACCCGAAAGCUAAUAUCAUAGCCUACCAUGACAGCAUCAUGAACCCUGACUAUAAUGUGGAAUUUUUUCGACAAUUUAUAUUGGUUAUGAAUGCUUUAGAUAACAGAGCUGCCCGAAACCAUGUUAAUAGAAUGUGUCUAGCAGCUGAUGUCCCUCUUAUUGAGAGUGGAACUGCUGGUUAUCUUGGGCAAGUAACCACUAUCAAAAAGGGUGUGACUGAGUGUUACGAAUGUCAUCCCAAACCAACCCAGAGAACCUUUCCUGGCUGUACAAUUCGUAACACACCUUCAGAACCUAUUCAUUGCAUCGUUUGGGCAAAAUAUUUGUUCAACCAGUUGUUUGGGGAAGAAGAUGCUGAUCAAGAAGUGUCUCCUGACAGAGCUGACCCUGAAGCUUCCUGGGAACCAAUGGAAGCCGAAGCCAGAGCCAGAGCAUCUAAUGAAGAUGGUGACAUUAAACGUAUUUCCACCAAGGAAUGGGCUAAAUCAACUGGAUAUGAUCCAGUUAAACUUUUUACCAAGCUUUUUAAAGAUGAUAUCAGGUAUCUGUUGACAAUGGACAAACUGUGGCGGAAAAGGAAACCUCCAGUUCCAUUGGAUUGGGCUGAAGUGCAAAGUCAAGGAGAAGAAACCAAUGCAUCAGAUCAACAAAAUGAACCACAGUUAGGUCUGAGAGACCAGCAAGUUCUAGAUGUGAAGAGCUAUGCACGUCUUUUUUCAAAGAGCAUUGAGACUUUGAGAGUUCAUUUAGCAGAAAAGGGAGAUGGAGCUGAGCUUAUAUGGGACAAGGAUGACCCAUCUGCAAUGGAUUUCGUCACCUCUGCUGCAAACCUCAGGAUGCAUAUUUUCAGUAUGAAUAUGAAGAGCAGAUUUGAUAUCAAAUGUAUGGCAGGGAACAUUAUUCCUGCUAUCGCUACUACUAAUGCAGUGAUUGCUGGGUUGAUAGUAUUGGAAGGAUUGAAGAUUUUAUCAGGAAAAAUAGACCAGUGUAGAACAAUUUUUUUGAAUAAACAACCAAACCCAAGAAAGAAGCUCCUUGUGCCUUGUGCACUGGAUCCUCCCAACCCUAAUUGUUAUGUAUGUGCCAGCAAGCCAGAGGUGACUGUGCGGCUGAACGUCCAUAAAGUGACUGUUCUCACCUUACAAGAUAAGAUAGUGAAAGAAAAAUUUGCUAUGGUAGCACCAGAUGUCCAAAUUGAAGAUGGAAAAGGAACAAUCCUAAUAUCUUCAGAAGAGGGAGAGACAGAAGCUAAUAAUCACAAGAAGUUAUCAGAAUUUGGAAUUAGAAAUGGGAGCCGACUUCAAGCAGACGACUUCCUUCAGGACUACACUUUAUUGAUCAACAUCCUUCAUAGUGAAGACCUAGGAAAGGAUGUUGAAUUUGAAGUUGUUGGUGAUGCCCCAGAAAAAGUGGGGCCCAAGCAAGCUGAAGAUGCUGCCAAAAGCAUAACCAAUGGCAGUGACGAUGGAGCUCAGCCUUCCACAUCCACAGCACAAGAGCAAGAUGAUGUGCUCAUAGUUGAUUCGGAUGAAGAAGGUCCCUCAAAUAAUGCCGAUGUCAGUGAAGAAGAAAGAAGUCGCAAGAGGAAACUAGAUGAGAAAGAGAAUGUCAGUGCGAAAAAGUCACGCACAGAGCAGACAGAGGAGCUUGAUGAUGUUAUAGCAUUAGAUUGAACGGAAAUGCCUCUGAACAGAACCCUCUUACUGCAGUAGGCCUUCUGGGCAGAACCAGGUUAUUUGUUAUGUCCUUUGUUCCAAAGGGAAAAAAUUGGCACCAGUGACUUGAAGAUGAUUCUGCUCCCUUUGAAAGCGUUCAUUUUGCUAGAACUAUUAGAAACAUUGCAGUAUGCUGUAUUGAAAGUAGGAAUAUAGUUUUAAAACCCUUUGAACAAAGUGUG